CCAACCUGAGGUUGCGAUGAUUCGGAGCGUUCUCCAUUGGUUCAUUCUUGUAAUGAGACUGUUUGGUUGGUGGGCCAGUUGCGGAGGUAGUCGAUCAUAUGUGCUAGCAUUGGAGGCUACGGGAAGCCGUUCAAGUCAUUAUUCUUACCAUGAACUUUUGAGUGAUGGUACUAGUUUCGUUGACCGGCCCAGUCAGCGAUUGUCUUGUCAGGAAUCCUCAACGCCAACCGAGUCUGUUCCCUUUCCUUUGAAUUCAGAGGGACAAAGAUAUCGAGAGACUGGUAAACGAAAGCAGAUUGCCGACACAGAAGAAAUGAGUUCACAAUCUAUGAGGGCAACUCGGGAAGACGGUACCUGGCCUGGCCCUAGUGGUAGCAGUACCACUGGGCCUGCUGACCGAACUCAACUCUUCAAGCCGAAGCCGAUCCGUACGGCGGAACGGCGAUUUUCAAAGACCAUCAAGAAGAUCAGCCUCGCCAAUCCGAAAAGUAGAGGCUCGGCUUUUGCCGAGUACGGACCCAGCCUGAGUCAACCCGAGAAGGAUCGGAGUAACUCACCCAUCAUUCUGGACAGUCAGGAUGACAUGUUGAACUCGCAACACACGCCUCAAGAGUUCAUACAACCAGAUACAACCACCCAUGACGCUCCAACGGCUGAUAAGCCGAUUGGAAUCAAGAAUCCUAGGGAAGACCAAGAGCCUGCAAGAUCACAGCCACCAGUUGUUCCACAGAUUGUUGUACCAUCCAGCAAAGAUCCCCAGAAACAUUUGGAUGCUGGGGAAUCUCAGCCAUCCAUCAUACCACCUGCGGUCAAACCGGUAAAGGAAAAGACCAAGAAACAUCAGCGGCCUAAGAAAGUGAAGAAAUUGGUGCUUCUGUCGGAAUUAAUCUCGCCGUCGGUUGAGCCGCCGUCGAUUGCGCCGUCGUCGGUUGAGCCGCCGUCGAUUGCGUCGUCAUCGGUUGAGCCGCCGUCGAUUGCGCCGUCAUCGGUUGAGCCGCCGUCGAUUGCGCCGCCGUCGGUUGUGCUGCCGCCGAUUGUGCGGCCGUCAAUUGCGCCGCCGCCGGUUGUGCGGCCGUCGGUUGCGCCGCAGUCAGUUGUGCCGCCGUCGGUUGCGCCUCCUUGUGCCGCCGUCGGUUGCGCCACCGUCGAUUGUGCCGUGGUCAAUGGUCCAGCCGUCUAUGGUGCCGCCGUCUAUGGUGCCGCCGUCGAUUGUGCCGUCGUCAAUUGUCCAGCCGUCUAUGGUGCCGCCGUCUAUGGUGCCGCCGUCUAUGGUGCCGCCGUCUAUGGUGCCGCCGUCUAUGGUGCCGCUGUCUAUGGUGCCGUCGUCAAUCGUGCUGCCUUCCUUUACUGCUCCGCCAUUUAUUCCACCGCCAUUUUUGAUGCAAACAAGCAGAAAUUUGAAUAG